UUUGUUGAGUAAUAAUAAUAGUCGUGGCAAAAUUAAAGCUAGUUUGGAGAUUGUACAAAAGGUCUUUAUUGAUAGUGGUAUGUGGAAAGCACGAACAAUUCGAUAUUUUACAGAAUAUUGGUUAUUUAAUGAUAAGCUUCCAUCAUCUAGACAUGGAAAACAUUAA